UAAGAAUGAAAUAAUAUCAUCAAAUGAAAACAGCCUUGCUUUUGUGAUUGUUGUGGUUGAGUGCUAGGGGGCACUCUGACUUUUCAGACCUUCAUAGACCAAAACAUUGUCUCAUCCCUGUGGAAGGGCUUUGAUGUGUUGGGCUAAAGCUAUCUUAACUAAACUACUCUCUCUCUCCCUAUUUUCUUCUCUCCUGCUCUCUCGCAGACUAACAGGGUCUGUUUGGCUCCCCAGGUCCCCUCCAGCUGUCUGAGUGUAACCAUUGCUCUCUGUGCUAGAUGUUCCAGAGCUGACUGCUGUGCAGGGCAUGUCUGCAAAGAGAAAAUAUACUGCCUUUAAACAUAUUCCCCUUACUCACAGGCCCGAUGACGUGAUAUUAUAGUUCAUCAGUCAGUGGUCUGAGGCUGUUUAUGUAACAGUAUAUGGUUUGCAUAAGCAUUAAGAUAUGAUUCCACAUCAGUUUUAUAUUAUUUAAAAUCAAGCUUUGAACACAUUAAAUCAACAACAGGAUUUCUAGCCAUACAUUAUGUGAUGUGUAUUAAACCAAAAGAUAUUAAAUCUCAUCAGCAUUGUCUAUAAAGAUUGCCCUUUCUAUGCUGCAAGCACACACGUUUUUAACAAAUGUCGUGCAGUGGUUAGACUCCAACCAUAAGCUUCAGAGACAGGUUGAAAAAAAAGGAGUGAGAAUAAGCUGUAUGGAAGAAAAGGCCAUCGCUGAGUGAGGAAUGUUUCAGUAGCUGUGUAAAACUCUCCAGGUUGCUCCGUUUAAACGUCUACAGGGAUAGUCUCUACAAGUCUCCGUUCAGAGGCUCUUCUAACUAAAAUUGGCGGGUGAAAGGCAGGCGCACGAAUGGAUAUAAGCACAAUUUUCUUGUUACUCUCUGUGUGUGGGCUGACUUGGGCCUUCACGCUGGACUUGGACAAUGGAGGUGUACCACUCUGGGUCAACCGUUUUUUGGGAGAGCCGAGUGUGUUGACUUUGAAAGAUCGGAUGGAUCCCGGAUGGUUUCGUGCUGUUAACACACAAAGUUGUCCUUUGGAGUGUGACUGCCCUAUCCAGUGGCCAACAGCUCUUUAUUGUGACAACAGGGGCCUUACCCAGCUUCCCUCUGGCCUUCCGUCCCACACACAGUACAUGUUUCUCCAGGGGAAUAAUAUAACUAGCCUUGGAUCCACAUCGUUCGCCAAUGCCACAAACUUGCGCUGGUUGAUCUUGGAUCGCAAUCAGUUAGUGAGUGAGAAACUCAAUAAUGUGUUGUUCUCCAAUCUCACCCACUUGGUAAAUCUUUUCAUAAAUAAUAAUAAUCUGACAAGGGUGCCAGUCGGACUGCCUAGUGGACUCAAGCAGCUGCGACUCGCAUAUAAUCGCAUCGAAAAGAUUUCUAAAGGUGCUUUCCAAAAUCUGGACAAUUUAACAUUACUUUUGUUACAAGGUAAUCGUCUGACGACUAUUGAAGAGGGCGACUUAAAAGGUCUAGGAGUCCUCAACCUCCUGGAUCUUAGUCACAACCUCCUGGAGACUUUCCCCACACAUCUACCUCCAUCUGUCCAGCAGCUUUACCUCUCCAACAACUCUCUGACUGGUCUGACCCAAAACAGCCUUCAUGGUUUUAAUAGACUCCGUUAUUUACGGCUCGGACACAACAAACUGAGGAAUGAAGGGCUUGACCAUGGUGCAUUUAACCUCACUUCUCUGGUUGAGCUGGAUCUUUCUUAUAAUCAGCUGACAGAAAUCCCUACCAUUCCCAUCACUCUUCAGUACCUCUACCUUGAGGUUAACCAAAUCCAAGAGUUCAACUUGAGCAGCUUCUGCAGGACAGUUGGACCCACAUCAUUUUCACGUUUGAAGAUUCUGAGGCUGGACGGUAAUAAAUUGGAGUAUCACAAGCUGCCUCCUGAUUGGGUGUUCUGUCUACGUGUCCUCCAAAACAUUUAUAUUUGAUCUAAUAGAAGCAGUUAAUGUCUUAAGCCUCUCUAUAUUUUUAGGUUUUCUGAAAACUUUGAAAUACAAGCAUGCAAAGGAAUAUUAUAACAUAUAUGCAUAUUUAGAUUACAUUAGAAAGCAUGACAGCAGAAGAAAGCUGCUCAGUAUUCAAGGUCUUGGUGUUUUGAAUAAGCAUGCUGUAAAUGGUUUUAUACGGUUUUAAUGAAACAGUAUUUAAUAAUACUGUUUUCACUC